UCUACCACAAUCUCCUCCCUUCCACCCCCCUCCUUCCCCCUCCUCCUUGGGCCUCCUCCCGACCUUCAUCUCUCCUCAUUAAACCCUCCCGCAACGGCCAAACCAGUCCUUUCCCUGGCGCAUCCCAUACCUUCUUUCGCAAGCCACGCCAUGUCACGCAUCGCGAGGUCGUGCCUUUCCCUGGCGCUCCUUCGGAGGACCUCCGCCGCCGCCGCAUCGUCCUUGCCUACCAGGGAGGCGCUCGCCGCCUCGGCGUCAUCAUCUGGCGGUGUGGGUACCCUCUACGCUGCGCCGUCUCCGAGGGCACGCAAGCCGUUCGGUCCGCUCAAGAGUCAAGACCGGGAUCCUCAUCGCCAUCACCGCCGCACUUGGCAGUAUCGGCUACGUUACCCAAGGCUAUUCUGUCGAUGAGAUCGAGCAAGUGUGGCGGAAUUUCCAGGAGAAUUCCAAGCAGGUCGUUUCUGCUGAUCUGUCCAGCUCUGAGGACAUUCCUCUUGUCCUCAUGUCGUCCUCUGAUGAUGAAGAUGCAUUUGACCCCACAGUCAUCUGGCUCUGGGACCCAAAACUUCACAACAAUGUUCCAGCCUACAAGCUUGAUGAUGUUGAAGUUGACCAGGAAAAGGCAGAACUCACAUUAAUUCAGAGCUUAUAUGACAAAGCAAAGAUGAAAGGCGAAAAGCCUUGUUUGAUAUGCUGCUUGAGAAGUACUAUAUCUAAUCCUGUUCUCAUGUUCGCCAAAUAUAUUAUUGGUAAUAAAUUAAAAUUGCAGAACAGAGAUGCAAAGAAUGAACUGGUUUGGGUUACAGAUGACUUCUAUACAGCUGAAGGUAUGGUUGAUCUUGUUCGUGCUAUCCACAAAACAAUCAUGAAGAGAGGAGCAACUUGUGCAGCCUGUGGGAAUGUCUUUUUGACAUCUGCACUUCAUGAUAUUCACCAUGUAAGUAUUCACAAAGACCUGAAUUCUUCCAAGAGCGAGUCCUAAUGAUGUGAAUGCACGACAAGCGGGCGUUUCCUUCCAGAGCGAGAGUCAUAAUGAUGUAAAGGCUUGACAAGCGGUUGACUAACAAGACAUGGGUGUUCCUGUCAUUGCUUAUGCAGUGUCUUGUCACUCGAAUAUUUCUGAUCUCAUCGUGCAUUAUGGAAAUCGUGGAGACUGAUAGUACAGCACAAAAGAUGGAUGGUGGAAACUUUUUGUUUGUUAAGCUAAUGAUGACCUGAGGUCUGUACUACAGGCUAAUCAGCUUUUCACAUGUUUCAUUUCGGCUCUUAAAUGGCAGUUGCGUUGGUUCUCA